AUGGCCAUCUUUUUUUGGGUUCUUGUUCUCAUCAUCCUCUUUUCAGAUUCAUUGAUGACCGGCACCCACAGCUUCCGCAUAGGAGUCGACUAUGGGCGUGUGGCGGACGACCUCCCUACGCCAUCACGUGUGGCUUCCUUCAUCGUUUCUCUCAACAUAACCCAUGUCAGAAUCUACGAUGCCGACCCAGAAGUUCUCUCGGCUUUCGCCAACACAAGUGUCGAACUCAUAAUCGGACUCGAAAACAAGUACAUUGAGAAUUUCACCGACCCGGCCCAAGCCCAGGAUUGGGUAAAAAAGAACGUGGCCCCUUACACCAACCGAACCAAUAUCAAGAUUAUAGCAAUCGGCAACGAGGUCCUCACUGGUAAAGACAUUAAGAUGAUGAUCUCCCUUCUGCCUGCAAUGAAAAAUGUCCAAAAAGCUCUUGCGGACCUUGGCCUGAGCCAACAAAUCUACGUGAGCACUGCACACUCGUUUGGGAUCAUGGCUGUCACAUUUCCCCCCUCGUUGGGCACUUUCAAGUCUGAACUCUUGGACUACCUCGUCGGCAUAUUGGGUUUCCUCUCCGAAACGGACUCCCCAUUUUUGAUCAAUGUUAACCCUUACUUUGCAUACAUGGAUGACCCAGAGCACGUGUCGUUGGAGUACGUGCUUUUUGAGCCCAACCCGGGCCAGACAGAUCCCAUCACCAACUUACAUUAUGAUAAUAUGUUGUAUGCACAGAUGGACGCAGUUAACUCGGCCCAAGAAGCUUCGGGCUUCAAGAGCAUACAUACUUAUUGGACCGAGACUGGAUGGCCUUCACAAGGAAGAAUAAGACGAGGGCCCUCGUUGGAGAACGCAAGAUUGUACAAUGGGAAUCUGUUGAAACGGGUGGAGGAGAAGGAGGGGACUCCCUUGAGGCCGUCGGACCCAAUCGACGUUUACAUAUUUGCACUCUUUAAUGAGGACCAAAAGCCUGGCCCGGAGACCGAGAGGCAUUACGGUCUCUUCUAUCCCAAUAUGACGCCUGUCUACGAUAUCGGGUUGCAGGCUGGUGGUGGUGGUGGUGCUAUUCAGCGCGUGGAUUAA